AUGAACCCCUACGCCGGCCCUUCUUCGGAUGCCUUUGCUCCCCAAGGACUGCAAGAGUAUGGCGGUAGCCUGCCGCCUCUGGAUACCAAUUCUGGUAUCGUCAACGGCAACCCCGAAUGGAGGUAUGAGAUGCGUCGGGAAGCCCAGCUGAUAAUACCCAAUCUGUACCUGGGACCAUUCCAGGCGUCGCUGAACGCGGCCAAGAUGAAAGCAAUGGGCAUCACUCAUGUCCUGUGUAUCAGAGAUCGGAAGGAAGAGAAAUUGAUAUUCCCGAGGUUCCCACAAGAGUUUCAGUACAUGACGCUUGACAUUAGCGAUAACCCUGACCAAAACCUCAUCACACUCUUCCCUCGCUGUAGAGAUUUUAUCGAAACAGCUUUGCUCUCGGGCGGGACAGUCUUGGCACACUGUAACGGCGGCAUCGCCCUUUCGCCCGCUAUCGUUAUUGGCUAUUUGAUGUGGAAGUACAACUGGACUGCCGAGUCUGCUCUGGCACACGUGCAAAACAAACGAUACUGCGUCAGCACCAUGAGCUUUCAAAAUCAGUUCAAAGAGUACGAGCCGAUCUUUAUGGCGCAAAAGAUGGUACAGUUCGCGGCAAAGAGGGAGAACGGCAGUAGCAAGAGACAGGUUGAGGAAUCGGAAGACGAAGAUGGUUACCGGAGAAAGCAUAGAGCGGCACCAGAGGAAGGUAUGGACGUGUCAAUGGAUGAUUAG